AAUAGUUAUCACUUUCAAACUUUCUUUCUCCUUCACACUCCCCACUGAAAUCUCACGCAGGCGCAGCUGCCCAACCUUCACGCCCCCAAAAACCAAAGAAUCCUCUUCUCCAUCUCUUUCAAUAUUAUCCUUUCGCGUCCUAGACGUUACAGUAAACCCUAAUCGUUCUCUCUCUGUUUCUUUCUGAGCUAACACUUCGACGUUCUAGUUACAGAGAAGAUGUCGACCUUAGAAAUUGAAGCUCGAGAUGUCAUCAAGAUCGUGCUUCAAUUUUGCAAAGAGAAUUCCUUGCACCAAACCUUUCAAACAUUACAGAGUGAGUGCCAGGUUUCUUUGAACACUGUCGACAGCGUUGAGACAUUUAUUGCUGAUAUAAAUAGUGGAAGGUGGGAUGCAAUUUUGCCUCAAGUGGCCCAACUUAAGCUUCCCAGGAAUAAGUUGGAGGAUUUGUACGAGCAGAUUGUACUGGAGAUGAUUGAACUUCGAGAAUUAGAUACUGCUCGUGCUAUCUUAAGACAAACUCAGGUAAUGGGUGUAAUGAAGCAAGAACAACCUGAAAGAUACUUGCGACUUGAGCAUCUCCUCGUCAGAACUUAUUUUGAUCCAAAUGAGGCUUAUCAAGAGUCAACGAAAGAGAAGCGGCGUGCACAAAUUGCUCAAGCACUUGCUGCAGAAGUUACUGUGGUGCCACCGUCUAGAUUAAUGGCUCUAAUUGGUCAGGCUCUAAAGUGGCAGCAGCAUCAAGGAUUGCUUCCUCCGGGAACACAGUUUGACUUGUUUCGGGGAACAGCUGCUAUGAAACAGGAUGUAGACGACUUGUAUCCAACAACUCUUUCACACACAAUAAAGUUUGGGACAAAAAGUCAUGCAGAAUAUGCUCGGUUCUCACCAGAUGGCCAGUUUCUUAUCUCUUGCUCUAUGGAUGGGUUUAUUGAGGUAUGGGAUUACAUAAGUGGGAAACUCAAAAAGGAUCUUCAGUACCAGGCUGAUGAAACUUUCAUGAUGCAUGAAGAGGCUGUCCUCUGUGUUGACUUUACCCGAGAUUCAGAGAUGAUUGCUUCUGGAUCACAAGAUGGAAAGAUCAAAGUUUGGCGUAUCAGGACUGGUCAGUGCUUGCGCCGUCUUGAACGUGCACAUUCACGGGGUGUCACCAGCGUUUCUUUCUCUCGGGAUGGAAGCCAGAUACUUAGUACAUCAUUUGACAACACUGCAAGAAUCCAUGGCCUAAAAUCUGGGAAGUUGUUGAAAGAAUUUCGUGGCCAUUCUUAUUAUGUAAAUGAUGCAAUAUUUACGAGUGAUGGAACUCGUGUAAUUACUGCAUCUAGCGAUGGCACAGUCAAGGUCUGGGAUUUGAAGACUACUGACUGUCUACAGACAUUUAAACCACCUCCUCCUUUAAAGGGAACUGAUGCUGCUGUGAAUUCAGUUCAUCUUUACCCAAAAAAUACGGAUCACAUCAUUGUAUGCAAUAGGACAUCAUCAAUUUAUGUCAUGACACUUCAAGGACAGGUUGUGAAGAGCUUUUCAUCUGGUAAAAAAGAAGGUGGAGAUUUUUUGGCAGCUUGUGUGUCACCAAAAGGGGAAUGGAUUUACUGUGUUGGUGAAGACAGGAAUCUAUACUGUUUCAGUAACCAGUCUGGCAAAUUAGAGCAUCUAAUGAAGGUCCAUGAAAAGACAGUAAUUGGCUUAACUCAUCAUCCUCACAGGAAUCUUCUAGCCACAUAUAGUGAAGACUGCACAAUGAAGUUAUGGAAGCCUUGAAUCUGCGUUGCCUUGUGUGCUCUGUGUGUAAAUUUAUUUCUGGGUCAAUUUGGAAUCUUGACGUGCCUUUUUUUUUUUUGUGUGUGUAUUUUGUUGUUGUUGUGGUUUAUGAAACACAGAAUGUGGGUGGAUUUGGAAAGGAUCUCUCUCUCUCUGAGGCAAUAUAACCGAAAAACAACUGUGGGUCAAGAUUUUUCAUC